UACUACGGUAUACCGUCUGUAUGUAUGUUACAUACGACCGACUCUCCGCUGAUUGUUUACAAGCGCGCGCGCUCCAGAGAUUCUCGCGUAUGUGCGCGGCGUAUGCAGGGUGGCGGGUGUAAAUAAUCGCGCGGCAGCGUCUGCAGUAACAGCCAGCGAUAACGAGCGCGAUCGGUGGCCGUGUCCCGUGAGAUUCCCGCGAGGAAUGUGCGCGUUGCAACGCUUAUCCUUCAGCAGCGAUCCUUGUCGUCGCGACGCGAUAGCGGGGCCCGCUGCCGCGUAAUAUCGUGUGUGUACACACACGGUGUGACCUACUUGUUGCGUCAAGGUUAUGGCGUUAUAAACAAAAAUAUGCUACGCACAAUAAACGCGGUCGUUAGUCCGUCGUGAGCUCCCUCGGCGGUCUCGGCCAACGAGCGAGGGCUAGCCUGGGGAAUGGAGCCAGGCCCGGGUCUGAGCCUGUUUCAGGGCUCGGACAGCAUUCACAUUAACACAGUGACGCAGGGACUCGAGGAGGACGAAGAGCAGGAGGACAAGAGGCGGCUCAACGAGGAGAUACAGAAUCGGCUUGACGAGGAAUUUGAUGAUUUGGAAAAUGAUGAUGACAUCAGUUCCAUCAAUAGUAGUCAUCAAGAUAACACCAGAGACACUGAUCAUAUCAAUAUGGUCAACUCUGGUCUGGAAUCAAUUACGCCUAAAGAACAGGUAGCAGUGGCACAUUUGCAGAAGGAAUUUGGUGUUUACGAUCGGGUGGAAAAUCUGAACAAUUAUGAUCAUGUGGAUAAUCUAAACAGUUACGACCAUGACGUGAUAACGAAUCAUAGAUCCGACUCCGAAAUUGGUAGUGGGACCGUGCAGACCGACUUUGAUUUGUACAGACAAACAGGGACGCCGUAUGGUAACAAUAGAUUUAAUGAUAGCAACAGCAUCAUUGAGACGCCAUACGAAUUGGCCAAACCACCAACCGGCUAUCCUCGCAAGAUACUCCCGCAGUCAGCCGAGGAACGUACGUUCAGUGAGAAUUAUUCUUGCAACUAUGAGACGCCAUCCAAUCAUUACAAUACUCAUAUAUCCCACAAAUACUCCAAUAACGGUAUUAAUGACACGUAUGAAAAUAAUGUACAAAGUAAGCAGAUUCAUGAGUUUGGCGGAGGUGACAAUGCUACUUCGGAUCACAUGAAUCAUUGCUAUAAGACUAGUCCGAAUGGUAGGCCAAUAGACGACGCUGUAGCGUACAAAACGUCGGAGUAUAAUAGUAAGGAACAACUGGAAAUAUUAUAUAUGGUCAGAAUGCGGGAGAUCAGUCGUUUGACGGAAGAGCUCCAACAAUUGCAAAUGGAAAAAGAGGAUGAAAAGAACCAAAUGAGUAGGAGAUUGAUGCUCUUACAGGCGGAAGUCGAUAGAACUAACAUAUCGAGAAAUCAAGCGCAAGAGGCAUUAGUUGAUGCUAAAGCCGAGAUAUCUGAUUUGCAAAUGCAAAUGAAAUCUUUGAAAGAAAGGAAUGCGGUUUUAGAAAAGACGAAUCAAAAUAUGACGGAAGAUCUAAAUAUCGCGAGAGGCUCUGUCAUGGAUUUGCAACAAAAAAUUGCUGUACUGGAAAGAGCACAAGUGUUGCAAGUAAAUGAUAAGAUACAAGAGAAAUUUUUGAAACAGGCACAAGAAAAACACGCAGUAGAAAUGAAAAAUAUGCAGACGCAAAUAGAUAUUCUUACAGACAAAUUAAACGCCAAGUUGCUCAAUAAGGACAUCGACAACAAUAGUAUUUGGGAAACGUCAUGUGUCACUCUUGAGCAUAAAUUGGAUGAUGCACGAAGAGCACACGAGGCUCUUAUGGUGGAGAAGGGUGACACCAUGAAUCGAUUGGCACAAGCCUUACAAGAUAGUCAAACCCAAUGUCGCAAUCUCAUGACCACUAAUAAUGUUCAGCAAGUGAUGCAGUUACAAGCACAUGUAAAAAUGUUGAUUCAAGAAAAAGAAGAUCUGCAUAAAAACGUACAGGAUUUACAGAACAAAUUGGAAUUAGCUAAAAACGAAGUUGCUCAAUAUGAUUCGUUAUUGGUCACUACUUUAGAGGAUGAAUCAGACUCAAUUAGGCAAAUGAAAUUAGGUGAACUGUAUAAUAAAUCAAAAUCAAAACCCGUUGAUGAUAUUACAAAUAAAUUAAAAGGUGAACUACGUAGAUGUAUUGCUGGUCAAGCUGUAAAAAGAAAAGAAAUUAAUCGUUUAGAGAAUACUUUAUCACAAAAAGAGAAGGAGUUAAAUGAAGCUUUGAUAUCAGCUGAUACAUACCGCCAGGAAACAGCGCAAAAGGCAAGCGAAUUAAUGAAUGCGCGCAAGCGAAUUAAAGAGCUAGAAGAAGAAUUGAAAUCUUUAUUAACGGACGAAGCCAUGAAAGCAAAUGCUAAGAUACAAAAACUCUCAUAUCAUUUGAAUGAUGUAAAGAAACAGUAUGAGUUGUUGCGCGACGAGAAGAUUAAUUUGGAACAAAAAUUAGAGGAGGCUUUAGCUAUUAAUCAGGAGAAACUCAGAAAAAUGCAUCAGGAGACUACGGAGCAACAAGAAAAGGAAGCCGUCGAUGAGUACAACAAAGAGUACCUGGAGAUACAUGCUAAAGCUGUAGAAAGAGUGAAGCAAGAAGCACAUAUAGAAAUAGUGCAAUUGACCGUACAAUUAGAGCAAACACAAAAAGAGUUAGAUCGUGUAAAAGAAUUGUAUAUAAACGUUUGCGGGACGAAAGAACAUUUAAUAAAUGAGCACAAAAACGAAAUUAAAGUGCUGAAAAAUAAAUAUGCUGCAAUUGAAUCACAUCAGAAGGAUAUGGAGAAAUUGGAGAAUGAGUUACAAACGCAGGUUAAAUUGUGUAAUAAAUUAACUAAGGAAUGCGAGGACUUCAAAAGUAAAAUAAUCGAGUUAGAAAAAGAUCUCGUGUACGAAAGAAGAAAAAAAGAGGAUCAUGUAAAAAAAAUACAUUCAGAAAUAGAAAGGGCAAAAGAAGAAGCGUUGCACGAACUACGAAAUGCGCAUCCAAAUCAAGAAAUAAGUUUUCUUUUGCCGGAUCAUUGUUCUGAACAUUUAGAAAAAAUUAACCAGUUAGAGGAAGAUUGCAAACGCUUGGAAGAGAAGCUUCAAAUUGCUGUUCAAGAACAAAAAAAGUUAUCCGAUUAUCAGACCGAGUUAGAUGACGCCAAAUUGAAAAUAGCGCAAAUGGAAAUUACGCAAGAAUCGUGGAAGAAGAAAUACGAGAAGAUUGCUAAUGAAAGAAAGGAUCUUCUGGCAAAAAUUUCCAAACUAGACUUGGAGUUAUUGAAUUUGAAACGUACCGCGAAAUUAGAAGAUUCGGACGAUGUAAAAUUAAAAAUUUCUCGGUUUCAAGCAGAGAACGAAACACUGAAAAAUCAAUACGACAAUCUAAUCAGUGAAAGAAACACUUGUAAAGAAAAGAUCUCUGAAUUAGAAACUGAACUCUUCAAUGCGAAAAAAAAAGUUAGUAACUUUGAGGGAAGAUUGCGGAAAAGUAGCGAAAGUACAUUAAACUCAAAAAGUGAGCUAGAAAAAGAACUCUCUCAUCACAAAAAUUCGGUCGCACAAUUAUCCAAGCUGAGUAACUCGAAAGAAGGACGUAUGAACGAAUCAAUGGUAUUGGAACAGAGGAUACAACAAUUCGAACAUGAUCUACGAAGUAAGGACGAAAAACUAAACAGAUUAUUGAAAGAAUUUGAGAAGAUAAAAGACGAGAGAGAUCAGCUAGUGGUAAAAUUGCGAAAUCAAGCCAAACAGUUUGAACAAUUUGUUAAAAGUCAGAAUAAAGUGUCUGCGGAAUUGAAUCUGUCUCCCCGCAGUACGGGCGAUAGUACGGACUUUCAGAAGAUGAAGGAGAUUAUGGCGAAAGAAGUGCGGGAAGAAAUGGAACAGAGAGUAGCAAAAGAACUGAGAGGAAUUGGAGAACAAAAUAGAAAGGAGCUAGAGGAGUUGGAAGGGAAGUACAAAACUACCAUAUUAGAGUUGCAAAAACAGUGCAGCGAAAAGGAUCAGGAGAUAAAAACGCUGCAAAAGGAGAUAACAGAAGAGAAAAUGAAGGUCAUUCAAAUCAGUCAAAUUAUAGGAAAAGUAGAGAUCUGCAACAAAGAGCUGCAAGCGCGAAGGCUAUGCAUCGAGAAAUUGAACAUUGCUUUAAAGGAGAAAGAAAACCAAGUUGAGGAGGAUAGAAAUUAUAUGGCUGAGAUAAUGACCAAAUGGAUGGCUGAACUAAAAGAAAGUAAAGCUAAGGAGAAGGAGAAAGAUGAGGAGAUACAGAUGUUGAAAUUCACUGAAGGAAAAUUAAAUAAUGAGCUUAAGACGUUAGUAGAAAAACAAAAGCAUUUGAAGAACAAAUAUCGAAAGGCGAAACAGACUGCAAAUAAUUACAAGAGCCAUGCGGAGAAUAAUCGGGAGUUUCUAUUGCGUGAAUGUAAACGUAUCGAGGAAGGAUACAAAAAGGCCAUUGAAGAAGCACAACAAAGCUGUCUGGCAAACGACGAGCAGUAUACUGUGAAAGCCAAGAAGCUUGAGCAACAGCAUGCACAAAAAAUGGAACAAAUGCAACUUACACUGAAGUACAAAGAUAAAUGUUGAAGUACGUACUAAGUAUUCUUUAAAUAUAUGCAAUAUAGCUUUCCUUCGGCUAAACGGUAGUUACAGAGGCUAGAUUCUUCUUUGUCUUUAAUUUAAAGCACAUUAUUGUACAACAGUAUAUUAGCGGAGUUUUUUUUUUAAUGUUAGG